CGCCGCUGCCCUGGGACCGGCAAGGGCAGAGGCGGGGGCGCCGCCGAUGUGAGCGCCACCGGGACCCCCGGAGCGCAAUGGAUGGGGUAUCACCCCGUAACUCGACAACACCACUGCCCGCAAGGACCGAUCCCGGCUGUCGGCGGCGAGUUGCCCUUUGCAAGGCCGGGCCGUGCUGCGGCCCUGCCCGCGGUGGCACCGGGGGUCGCGUCCCGCCGGGGCCGCCCGGCCCUCACCCCCCGCGACCUCCCGCCGGUAAGGGGGCGCGCGUCACUCCGCGAAGGCGCUCCGCUCGCUCUCCUCUCUCCAGCCAAUCAGCGCGCCGCGUUUCGGCGGGAAGGCGGAAGUGGCGCCGCCGGGGCGCGGCCAUGGCGGAGGCGCGGCCGCUGCGGCUGCUGGCGCUGCACGGGUACCGGCAGAGCGCCCGCCGCUUCCGCCAGCGCACCGGCGCGCUCCGCAAGGCCCUGCGCGGCCGCGCCGAGCUGGUGGCCAUCGACGCGCCGCACCGCUUGCCCGCCGGCGCUGAGGACGACCCCGACGGGGAUGACCCCCCCCGCGGCUGGUGGUUCUCCGGGCCCGGCACGUUCGAGGCGGGCGAAGCGGCCGCGGCUCCGGCGGGGCUGGAGGAGUCCCUGUCGGCCGUGGCUGCGGCGCUGGCGGAGCACGGGCCCUUCGACGGGCUGCUGGGCUUCAGCCAGGGCGCGGCGCUGGGCGCCAUGGUGUGCGCGCUGCGGGCCCGCGGCGACCCGCGCUUCCCGGUGGCCUUCGCCGUGCUGGUGGCCGCGUUCGCCAGCCGCGCCCCGGCGCACGGACACUUCUACCGGGAGCCCAUCGCCCUGCCCACGCUGCACGUCGUGGGCGACACGGACGGCGUGAUCGCAGCGGCCCUGAGCAGGGAGCUGGCGCAGUGCUUCGUGGAGCCCGUUGUGCUCACGCACCCCGGCGGGCACUUCAUCCCCGCGGCUGCGGCGCAGAAGAAAGCCUACCUGGAAUUCCUGGAACGCUUCUGCCCCGGGCAGGGCCAGGCCGAGCGCCUAGAGGCUGGGGAGGUUUGAGAACGGGCUCUGUAAUAAAAAAGGGCUCUGGUGAGACACGUG